AUGGUAAAAAUAAAUAGCUUUUUGAUUUCAAAUGCAAAACAAGAAUUGCAAUAUUAUGGUGUAGAUUUGACAGAAGAAGAAUUGUUGGGUGUUUUUCAAGAAGCUGCUUUGGUAGCUGAAACUAAUGAUGAUUUAGAAGAAUUUUGA